GAGGAGUUCCAACAUGGACUCGGAGACCUUUUCAUGAGAUCCCGCAUGCUCUCGUAUAUUUUCCUGAUCAACGAUUCUUCUUCUGCGAUUCUCCCACACAUCUCCACUCUCUUUUUGCCUUUGUCUCCUCCACGGUCCCCUCCCAUGGAAUCCACGACGACCUCAGGCAAAUGUAAGCCAUCGUCGGAGGUCUUGCAUGCACUCCAAAGCUGUGAAAAGUCCAGCACGUCCAGUAGAGGAAACGAAGAAGCACAGCGUCCUGUUCUGAGGCUCUGGAAAUGCUUCACGCCUCCCUGUCCGCUCUCCGAAGAUGGAUCUCAUUCGCAGCGACUUCGAUCGAAAACCAUCACGGAUCUCCGGCAGAAAGGACGUUCUGAUUUGUGGUGGUCGGACAGGGGAGGGAGGCUCUGCAUUCGAGCUAACGACCCUUCGAGAACAAGGUCCAAGUUGAGCAACCAAGUCUGGAGAGGAUCUGAACUCGAAGAUUGGGUAUCUUAGAUUCUAAAGUUAGCGGAGUUGGUUCCGGCCCUUCUCGGGUGGCGUGCCAAGUGGACGAUGCCUACAAAGCAAAGUCCAGACUCCAACUUCUCGAGCUAGGCCUAAGCAGUACAAGUACAGUAGUUGUUGAAAUUGUAUAACUCGAAGUGCGACAUUGUGCGCAGGGUUUCUCAUUUAUGUGUGAACGACAAAGUCCCUAGAUGAAGAUGGAGGCAAAGGCAUGCAUGGGCCAAGUGGAGAAUGCGAGCAAAGUUUGUCCCUUAGCAUCCAAACUCAAGUUUGCUGAUGCGACAGUGAUACUAGAUUGGACUGACACACUCAUGAUUUUGUCUAUUUAACCAGAGCAGCGCAAAAAGAGAUUCACUGGACAUCAUUGUACUCACAUGAAUGGUUAGUCGCCACAGAAAUCUCCUGACUACUACAUCGGUGUAUAAUACUUUGGGCAAAUUCAA